UUUCCUUCUAAUGGGUUCUACUUUUUUUCAGAAUCAAACAUUGAGGAGACUGCGCGAGCACUGAAAGGAAAGGAUGAGGUGAUUGCAGACAAAGAGAACAUAAUAAAAGAAAAGUCAUUGUCAUCUGAAUUGUCCUCUCUACAGAAAAAGGGAACGCUAGAUUCUGAGGAGCAAGUUGGAAAGUCUCGUGCACAAGCUGAUCAGCUUGAAAAGCAGGUUGAGAGAUUAAAAGAGGAAGUUGAAAUGAAAAAUAAGGAGAAAAGAGACUUGGAAGCGCAUAUAGAGGAUAAUGAGAUGGUUUCUUGUUUCUUUGAUUUCCAGCUGAUUGGACUGUUCCCAAGUAGAACCAAGUAUCCACUAACUGAUCUUCUUGAAUCUGGACAAGAUGCCCAAUGCCACACUAUCAGAGGAUCCAUGAACAUUGGCUACAACUCUCCUUCCUCUAUAUUCAUGAUUAUUGUUCUGCCUUGCAUGAGAUCCAUUGUUCCUAUUAGUCUGACUAGGAUAUCCAAUCAACUUGUAACAUUUCUCCCUGAUAUGUCCUGUCCUUUUACAGUAACUACAAACCAUAUUACUUCUAUUGCUACUGUUAGCUGGUGGGAUAAUCAACUUCCACGUUGGCUUGAAGUUCAUAUGACUCACUACAAGUCUCCUCUGGAGAAGCAUUGGGAGGAGCACGGAAAACCUGCUAUGAACACAAUGAUACAGAAGGCAGUUGAGAAGAAGGCUCAAGCUGAGGUAUGGGCUGCGCCACAUGUAGAAACAGUCAAAACAAAAUGGAUGCCUGCUGUGAAGGAACAAUGGGUGGUAAUGACCACUAACCUCAAGCCACAAAUGGAAUUGGUGAGGACCAAAGGAUUUGAGAUCUAUGAGACAUCUAAAAGCGCCGUAACUCCACAUAUUGUCAAGGUUCAGGAGCUAGCAGAACCUCACUUUCAGGAACUAGCAAGCCAUACAUCGAUCAAGUUGCCACUGCUACAAAACCUCAUGUUGAAAAAGUUCGUAUUGCUGUAAAGCCAUAUAGAGAUGUGGCAGUUCAUCAUUAUGGGAAGUUCCUGGAGUCUGCAACAAUAUACCAUAAUCACGUGUGUUAAAAUAAGCGAAACGUGAUAGUUCCUGAAAUAUUCAGAUCUCGUAUAGGUUUAUUUGUGGUUGAGAUAUGCAAGUCAUAUUCCGUUUCUAAACAUUUCCUGUAAUUUCAGUUUCUCAUGUAUUCAAGUUCCGACAACCUUGUAGACCCAAAAAUAAAAUGUAAUAAAAUAAAUCCUGGAGAGUCUGAAGUUA